AUGCAAAGAGAAGAUGAAUGGGAAAGUAGGCCGAAUGGCUACCAAAGAGGUAGGGAGGACCAUGAGAGGAUAGACAACAAUAUCAGGAGUAUCAAAAUGAAGAUACCUACCUUCUAUGGGAAGAAUGAUCCCGAUGUCUAUCUAGAGUGGGAGAGAGAGGUUGAAUUGAUCUUUGAGUGCCACAAUUACACGGAGGAUAAGAAAGUCAAGUUGGCAGCCGUGCAAUUCAAGGACUAUGCCAUAGUGUGGUGGGAUCAAGUCCAAGCUAAAAAGAGGAGGAAUGGGUUGAGACCAAUCCGGACAUGGGAGGAAAUGAAAGAAUUGCUAAGGGAUAGAUUUGUGCCUCCUCACUACAUUAGCGAGUUGCACCAAAGGCUUCAAAGAUGGACCCAAGGCUCUAAGAGUGUGGAGGAUUAUCACAAGGCCAUGGAAAUAGCCAUGAUUAGGGCUAGCAUUGAGGAGAGUGUAGAAGCUACAAUGGCAAGAUUUCAUAGUGGAUUAAAUGCUAAAAUUGCUAACAUUGUGGAAUUGCAUCACUAUGACACCUUAAAUGAGUUAGUGCAAAUGGUGUAG